AUGGUACUAAGAAACAACUUGGGUGCAAAUCUAGAAUCAUUUAUCUCUGAAAGGGUUACUCCUAUCUCUGGUGACAUUUGUGACGAGAAUUUAGGAAUCAAAGAUUGUACAUUGAGAGAAGAGAUGUGGAAAGAAAUAGACAUCGUCUUAAAUUCUACUACUACAACAAACUUUGAUGAAAGAUAUGAUGUUGCGUUGGGCAUCAACACAUAUGGAGCUUUGCAUGUUUUGAGCUUUGCACAGAAUUGUGUUAAAUUGAAGAUACCAGCAGACAUGGUGGUAAAUUCUAUGACUGUGGCCAUGGUGGCUCAUGCAAAUAAGUCUUCUCAGAUCAUCUUCCAUGCUGGUUCUUCAUUGAGAAAUCCAAUGAGAUUAUAUACUCUUAAAGAAUUCCUCUUCCGGUACUUCACUGGAAAUCCGUGA